AUGAUGUACGAAGACCUCGGCCCAAUGGCUGAUGAGUACUCCCGGCGCUGCUCUGCCCCUGCUAUGCGCAAAUUCGCUUCCCAAGGAGGCGGCUCAGUUGAUCUCGGCGAGGACCGUCGGCUACCUCCUCUGCCCCGUGUCGAGCCUGGUCCUCGGGGUCCAUUCAACCCGUUCAACAACGCCCACAUCUUUGCCCCCAGUCCUCCCAGCUCCCAGGAUGCCUUCCCCGUCAAGGCUGCCUGGCCUUCAUCUGAACACAUUGUUGCUCCUCCCUCUCCUGCCAACUCCGCCGACAGCUCAUGGCAGGAGAGUUUUGCCGCACAAAAGGCCGCGGAGUGGCCCUUGAACAAGUCCCUCGAAGAAGCUAUGGCCCUGAUCCAGCCCCGGAACAUCAACCGCAAGCCCCCAUUGCAGCAGCUGUGCGGCCGCAAGCGCAAGGGCAGCAUGAUCUCCAGUGACCCCGAUGACCAGCGAGAGAAGCACCGUGUCGCCGAAGGUAACCGCCGCAAGAACCUCAGCCAGCUGCACCGCGAGCUGGACAGCCGUAUCCAUGACUACUUCCUCGAGUGCGCCGGAUGGAACCCGGCCAAGAGCCUGCCUCAAUCCAAGGAGCACAUUGUCCAGGGCGCUAUUCACCUUAUUGACACUAUGAAGUUUGUGAUCAACACUUUGGCUAGCCCGGACAAUGAGCAGGUAGCUCAGCUCCCCGAAAAGUUACAGCCUCAGCUUCGCUCUCUGCAGCUUCAGCACAUGGCAAGCAACCUUCAGAUGCAGAACCAGUCCGCUCAGCAACAAAUCAAGAGCCUGAAGCUCGACAACCAAACAUUGGAGGAGCGCAACCGAACACUCGAGUUUCAGCUGAGGGGAUACGAACACAUGUUCCGAUCGCCCAAGAGCGAAACCAACAGCCCGCCACCCGUUGGUCCCGUUCCUGAGCCCAAGAGCCUUCCCGGUUUGCGAGUGGUUUGCGACAGCCUGGCCAACACUCACAGCCCGGAAUCUACCCGCAUGGAUCGCCUGCCCAGCUGCACCUCGCAGACCUAUGGCCACUCGUUUCUCAGCAGCACGCCACCCAUGACAGGUCCCUCAUCGCCUGUCUUCCCAUCGUACUCUGUUCCCAAUUCGCGGCGGGAAUCGAUGAUCCCCUCACCGUGA